UACUUUUGUAGAAUGAACAACACAACUAAAAAUUUGGGUAAUGGACAUUUUUACAUUCAUGCUGAUCUCCAGCCGGGUCAGAUUAUUCCACAGCCAGGAGUUCUUGUUACUAGCAUGAACAGCCCACCCAAGCUGGUCCCAAGUGUUUAAUUGAGGUGAGGUCUGGAGAUAUUGUGUAAUGAUCCUUGCUCUGUGGGGGAGGUCCUGGAGGUCCUAGAUUCUGGAGAUACAGGAUUAACACUGGCUCCAGAAUUACAUUCCCACAUCUCUAUCAGUUAGGUGCCAGUCAUGUAUGAGCAAGGAUUUUGUUAUGACAAUUGUCAGGUCAGGGAAGAAGAUUCAGCUUAUAUUUUAUUGUACUGUUGACACGCUCAGCCUUGUAAUUAAGGAAACAAAGCGUCGUUUGAAACUGUAACCAGAAGAAAUGCGGUGUUUUCUUUAAAACGUUUGUUAAAUAAAUCGCCAUGCCUAUAUGUAAAAUGAUAUAACGGGGUUAUAACGGAGUGUAAACUCGGGGUUUACCCUUCUGUGACAUCGGUUAUUUUCUCAACAAAAUGGCCGCCUUUCUGCGAUUUCCUCUACACCCCCUCUACGGUCAAUUAUGGUUGCUAAGCAACUUCACAACGCCGUGGGACAGGACGACCAGAAUGUCUGAGGAACCGAAAUUAAAUGAUACGUAAUGAGGUGAGUUGGCAAAGCAUCAGAAAUAUUUCUCUCUAUUUAUUUAUUUUUGUGGGUUUUUAUCCUUGGCAGACCGCAAUAUUUUACAUGUGGUAGCAGUGAGAUGGUAGCUUGUCAUAUAGAUUUUUUUGUGUAUGUGUGUGUGCGUGUGUUAGCUAGGAAGGCUCCUGCUAACACUGUUAAUCUGUAAAUAUGUAAUGCAAAACGGAACAUUUUGACUUCAGGGUUUAUUUAUUACCAGUUCACGUGAAGUGAAUGUUAAGGCAUGGGGUCCGAGUCUAUUAAGGUGGUGGUCAGGUGCAGGCCCCUGAAUGACAGGGAGAAGGCUCUCAACUCUAAGAUGGUACUUUCCAUGGACCUGAACCGCUGCCAGUGCUUCAUUGAAAAACCGGGGGUAGCGGAUGAGCCACCCAAACAGUUCACCUUUGAUGGGACGUACUACAUUAACCAAACAACUGAGCAGAUGUACUAUGAGAUUGCUUAUCCUUUAGUUGAGGGUGUCACUGAGGGAUACAAUGGCACUAUUUUUGCCUAUGGCCAAACUGGAAGUGGCAAGUCUUUCACCAUGCAAGGGGUGUCUCAGCCUGCACCCCAAAAAGGCAUCAUACCUCGUGCUUUUGAACACAUCUUUGAGAGCAUUCAGUGUGCGGAAAAUACAAAAUUCCUUGUGAGGGCGUCCUACCUGGAGAUUUACAAUGAAGAAAUCAGAGAUCUUUUGGGAAGUGACACCAAACAGAGAUUGGAGCUAAAAGAGCACCCAGAACGUGGGGUGUAUGUACGGGACCUAUCCAUGCACACUGUGCACAGUGUGGGGGAGUGUGAGAGAAUCAUAGAGCAAGGCUGGAAAAACCGAGCAGUGGGCUACACACUGAUGAACAAAGAUUCUUCCCGCUCUCACUCUAUCUUCACAAUCUACUUGGAGAUCUGCAACACUGAUACAGAUGGCCAUGAUCAUUUACGAGCAGGAAAGCUCAACCUUGUGGACCUUGCAGGAAGUGAGCGUCAGUCUAAAACCGGUACUACAGGUGAUCGUCUCCGUGAGGCCACAAAGAUCAACCUCUCCCUCUCUGCCCUGGGCAACGUCAUCUCCGCUCUGGUUGAUGGACGCUCCAAGUACAUACCAUACAGGGACUCGAAGCUGACUCGGCUUUUGCAGGACUCUCUGGGAGGAAACACGCGCACCUUGAUGAUCGCUUGUCUCUCUCCCGCGGAUAACAACUAUGAGGAAAGUCUGAGCACACUGCGGUAUGCAAACCGGGCCAAGAGCAUCCAGAAUAGACCUCGAAUCAAUGAGGAUCCCAAGGAUGCUCUUCUCCGAGAGUAUCGGGAAGAGAUCAAGAAGUUACGGACCUUGAUCACAGGCCAGCUUGGCACAGCUGAUCUGUCAUAUGUGCUGGCCGGUCAGUCUCCAGUUGUUCCUUCAAGGUCACAAUCCAGCACUACUGAAGAAAAGAAGGAAAAAAUAAAAGAGGAGUAUGAAGAGAAACUGGCCAAGCUGCAGGCUGAGUACAAUGCAGAACAGGAGUCCAAGGCAAAGCUGCAGGAAGACAUUGCUGCACUCCGGCGCUCAUAUGAAUCACAGCUGUCUAUUCUGGAGAAGGCACAAACCAGCAGGGGGAGCUCUGACCCUAAGAAUGUGAACUCCAGCUGUAUGAUUCAAGUUGCUGAAGAAGAAUGCUCCCUCAACAACGAUCCCAUAGGCCACAGUACAGCUGCAGCUACUUCCCAGGCAAAGCCUUUUGUGCCAUGUCCUGCAGUCAGUGUCCAAAAAGAUUCAGGUGGAGGCGAAAUUAUACAGUCAGCUGAUGUCAGCAUUUCCAGACCCCUGGACCAGAAACAUGUUCUGGAAAGACUGCACCAGCUGGAGCAGGAGGUGUUAGGAGGGGAGCAGGCCGCAAACAAAGAGUUACAGCAGAGACACAGACAGAGGAAGAACCUCGCUGACCAGAGAAGAGAUGAUCUCAUCCAUGCUUUGUCAGACAACAGUGAGGAGAGUGAAGAUGUGCUGUUGAAUGUCUAUAAUUCAAUCCAGGAAGAAGUUCAUGCCAAAAACCAGAUGCUGGUCAAAGUCCAGAGGAAGCUGAAAGCAGCCAAACUAGAGAUCCGUGACCUGCAGGCGGAAUUUGAGGUGGAAAGGAAUGAUUAUUUGGGAACCAUUCGCCGGCUUGAGAAGGAAGGCCAGUUGCUGAACAGCCUGCUGGAGCGUAUGGUACUCCUGGUGCGCCGUGACUGCAACUAUAGCAACCUGGACCGUUUGAAGAAGGAGGCAAUUUGGGAUGAGGACAACUCCACCUGGAGGCUCCCAGAUGUGAUGGUGCAGAAAACAAUGCUCCCCUCAGCAGUGGCUCCAAAACCUUCAGCUCGCAGAGGCUCAGGUCCUGAUGCUGGAGAGCCAUUUAUGGUGGAAGAGGACAGGUACAAGGAAAUGCUGGACCGCAGUGACAGUGAGAACAUUGCCAGCAAUUACUUCAAGUCAAAAAGAGCCAGCCUGUUGCUGGGAGGGGACACUACAAAGGGACAUGACAUUCACUCUCCACCCCUGGUUAGUGGUUCCAACAUGAAUACCCCAGCCAGCUCAGACCCCAUCCUGCCUCGUCCCUUUCGUCUGGAGUCACUGGACAUUUCCAUAUCCAACGGAAAGGUUAAACGCAAGAAAAGCAAGUCUCACAUCCAUAGUGAUGGGAUUUGAAAUGACUCCAAACUUAUGCCAUUUGUUUUUGACUUGCAGGAUUCUGUCAACUGUAAUUAAUCAGAGUGCAUAUAGUAAAACUAUCAAAUCUAAACUAUUUUUCUAGCCACUGUUCGCUAGAAAUGUAUGGAUAAUUUUUUAUGAGCAUGAUGUUUAUAUUGAAAUUCUACCUACACCAUACUGUCCUUGAAUUUUUGCACAAUUCUCUUAGAUUUUAACAGCUUCUGUUACAUUUUAAUUCCAUGUUUUACAGCUCUUUACAGUUGUUGCUGAGUCAAACACCUAAAUGUAAUUUACUUUACAUAAAGUUGUUUAAACUUGUGUUUGUAUAUGAUGAAUAAAAUCUUAGCCACUGUC